AUAACAUAGGAAUCGAGGCCGAUGAUGGCCGUUCCAACCCAUCGAAUUUUUCUUUUCCCAUUCUUUAUCUUGUGUUUGUAGAUUUUUUCCUACCAAAUCUGUCCCCAAUUAUUGUUGUUUUUUGAUCUGUUUGUUCGAUAAUUUUUCUGGUGUUGGGAGGAAGUAGGCUCCGGUGACCAAUUCCAACCCCGAAGCCGAUUUCUGUGUUGAUAUGGAGCGUGGUGGUGGUAGCCACCGUGUCAAAUUUAACGCCGCCAAGGAGAUUGAGUCCCCUCGCUUCCGCGCCAUUCUCCGUGCUACGAGCGGCCGCCGGAAGCGGGCCCCCACCGACGUCAAGAGCUUCUCCCAUGAGUUGAAUUCCAAAAGAACCCACCACAUCCCGAUCCGCAAGCUCCGAGGUCUCAGCAGCCCGGAGGAAAUAAUGGGUGUGAUUCGCUCGAAAUUCAAACGGUUGAAGGAAGAAGUUGACUCGGAGUUAGGCGUAUUGGCGGGCGAUUUGGUGGGCAUACUCGAAAAGGACACGGAUGCACAUCCUGAAUGGCGGGAGCCUCUGGAGGAUCUUCUGGUGGUAACCCAGAAUUGUGCAGAGAUGUCGCCAGAUGAAUUCUGGUCGAGUUGUGAGGGGAUAGUCCAGAAUCUGGAUGACCGCCGCCAGGAACUGCCAAUGGGCACGCUCAAGCAAGUCCAUACUCGCAUUCUUUUCAUCCUCACUAGGUGCACUAGGUUGAUUCAGUUCCAGAAAGAGGGUGCUUACAGAGAGCACGAACAUAUUCUCGGGCUACACCAGCUUAGCGACCUGGGAUUUUAUCCUGAAUCGAGAGAUGGGAGCUUCAAGAUCUCAUUGGGUUCUAAGGAUACAAAGGAAAGGAUCAUCAUGAAGAGGAUCCAAGAGCAUAGGUUCCUUAAUCAUGAUUUUUCUAGUCAACAAAUAGAUUCUCCUUCUAGUAGAGCUAGGAUUUCGUCCUGGAAGAAGCUUCCAUCAGCGAAUGAGAAGAAUCAGAAGAGAUUCCAUGACAAGAAUGAGUACCCCUCAAAAAAGGUUUUAGAUUCACUGCCACCGAUAGAGAGAGCCAAAUUGGCUUCUAGCACAGAAGACCUUGGGGUCCUAGCAAGUUCAACGGAACCAUUGCCCGAGGCAGAAGAAGUAGCUUCUGCUGAUUAUUCUGGAGAUCAACAAAUUCCAGCUGAUGUAAAGCCAAAAAUGAUAUGUAGGAUUUGUGAUUUUGAGAUACCGACUAUAUAUGCCGAGGGUCAUUUUAGAGUAUGCACGAUUGCUGAUAGAUGUUAUUCAAAGGGUUUAACUAUUGAUGAGAGGCUGGAUGGAGUUGCUGAAAUACUUGAGAGAAUUCUGGCAUCCUGCACACCAAAGAACACAGAUAUUGUAGAAAUCCAUGAAAUUGUGGAUAGGGUAGUUGUUGGUAAUCUAAUUGCAAGUAAUUUGAAUGAACUACCUGUAACGUCAAGCAAUUCACGGAGUGCUUUAUCAUCAGGAAGUAUGACCCCGCAAUCACCAAUAAUGACACCACGAACUAGCCAGAUUGAUUUGCUGUUGCUUGGAACCAAGGCAUUUGCUGAUCAUGAAAACUUUCAGCAGAUAGAGAGUUUAUUGGAUAUAGUUCGCUGCAUUGCCAGAAUAAAAACUUGCAAUUACAGUUCACUUGAGGACUUGAGCUCCUGUUUAGAAGAUUUAAAUGCUGUUGUUGAUACUAGAAAGGUCGACGGACUUGUUGUUGAGACAUUUGGAAGACAGAUUGCAAAGUUACUACAGGAGAAAUUCAUACAUCUAUGUGGGCAGAUCGAUGAUGGGAUUAAAGAUGUCUCAAGUGUGAUAGUAGAUGAUGGAUCUUUGGGGAAUGGUAGAACCUUGGGUGCAAAGUUAAAGGAUCGAACAUCCAUCGAGGAUUUUGAAAUCAUAAAACCAAUAAGCCGAGGGGCAUUUGGAAGGGUUUUCCUUGCAAGGAAAAGAGUCACAGGCGACCUUUUUGCAAUAAAGGUUCUUAAAAAGUCUGAUAUGGUACGCAAGAAUGCAGUUGAAAGUAUUUUAGCUGAACGUAACAUUCUGAUAUCAGCUCGAAACCCUUUUGUGGUGCGCUUCUUCUACUCCUUCACAUGUAGGGAAAAUCUCUAUCUUGUGAUGGAGUACAUAAAUGGAGGGGAUUUAUAUUCAUUGCUAAGAAAUUUAGGCUGUUUGGAUGAAGAUAUGGCACGUACAUAUGUGGCUGAAGUAGUUCUUGCUCUGGAAUACUUGCAUUCUCUGAAUGUAAUUCAUCGAGACCUUAAGCCUGAUAACUUGUUGAUUGCUUGGGAUGGUCACAUUAAGUUGACUGAUUUUGGACUCUCUAAGGUUGGUCUUAUCAAUAGCACCGAUGAUUUAUCAGGUCCAGAUGUCAGCGGUUCUGCUAUCCUAGGUGAUGAUGAACCAAUUCCAGCAGAACAACGAGCACUAAAACGAGAGCAGAGGCAAAAACAAUCAGCUGUUGGAACUCCUGAUUAUUUGGCACCGGAGAUACUUCUAGGAAUGCAACAUGGCAGAACUGCAGAUUGGUGGUCAGUGGGUGUUGUCCUCUUUGAACUUCUAGUAGGUAUUCCCCCAUUCAAUGCAGAGCAUCCACAGAAAAUUUUUGAUAAUAUUAUGAAUCGGGAUAUACCUUGGCCACAAGUACCAGAAGAGAUGAGUUUUGAGGCUCAUGAUUUGAUUGAUAAAUUGCUAAGUCAGAACCCAGUCCAAAGACUUGGAGCAACUGGGGCUGGGGAGGUGAAAUCUCAUCCUUUCUUCAGAACCAUCAAUUGGGAUAUGCUCGCCAGGCAGAAGGUAGCAUUCAUCCCCUCAACCGAAGGUGAUGAUGACACAAGCUACUUUGCCAGCCGCCAUCCAUGGAAUGCAGCAGACGAACAGCUUCAUGGAACAUCUCGUGAAUACGAUAAUAUGUCUGAUGCAUGCAGUACGAGCUGCUGCAGCAGCCCUCACAGCUCCAUCUUGGAUGAAGAUGGAGAUCAAUGUGGCAGUAUGGCAGACUUUGGACCGACACUCUCUGUGAAGUAUUCCUUUAGUAACUUUUCUUUUAAGAAUUUGUCACAACUGGCUUCUAUCAACUAUGAUCUUAUAACAAAAUGUAGCAAAGAUUCAGCAGAAGCUUCUCAACCUUGAGACCAAUUUGGAGACAAUAAUUUGCUUCCAUGGCUACCUAUUUAAAAGUUUCAAGAGCUGGAUGUGUUCAAUGAUACCUGCUAAAUGAUUUCUGCAACAUGCCUGGCCUUCUUUUAUUUAGGAGAUGCACAUCUGCCACAGCAUUACACUAAUAAAUGGCAGUUUGGUCCUACUUAACUGGGAUACACGGCGGAACUGACUUCCAACUUGUAUGCUAGAUUAAACUGUAAAUAGCACAUCAUAACUACCAAUCUGGUUUAUCAGCAACUCAUCAUCCAAAUUCAAAGUUAUCUUAUUGCAUAUGUUGUACUUAAGGUCUUAGUUUAAUUGGGAGGUUUGUAAGCCAUUGUUAGAAGGCUUCGCAAUCCCAGAAUUUGUACAGUGGUAUAUGGCACCAACACUUGGGACUUGUGUUCAGCUUGCAAAAUUACAAAUAUUGGUCAGGCAUAAAUUCAUGUGAUCAUUCAUGCCUUCAGGUAAUUCUUGAAGUGUUGUGAAUUAUUUGCA